AUACUUGCAACGUUUCGACUGGCGUGGCGCCUUUGCUUGGAUGGAGUCGGGGGAGCAGCGGUCUGCGUCGACGUCGCCGCCCAAGUCGAGGGUGGCGCGCCACCGGCGCACCCGCAGCGUAGGAGUUUCAGAGACAAACGAAAUCAUUGGCACGGCGGCAAUCCACGAAGACGCGGAGCAUGACGGUGGCGACGGAGAAGUGUACCUUCCCCGUCGAACAAAGAGCUUUGAGAGUCACGACCACGCUGCCCUGCCACUUCCACGGAUGCGCACGUACACGAAAUCUCUUGGCAGCUUGGUCAAGCACUUGGCAUCAGACCCGUCCAACCCGCACUUGGCAUCGUCCAGUGUCCAAGCCAGCCCUGCAUGUGGUCCCGGGACGACGCAGUCGACUCCUUUGGCGGCACACUCACGGCUAUCAUUUCCGUGGCCGUCCUGGCCACAUCAUCCAGAGAAAGAAAAGGAACCGGACGUCGACUGCAGCGCGCCCCUGCCGUACGAAUUUGCCCUCCUGCUGCAUAAUAAACCAGCUCGGACGCGGGAUUUGGAGCGUCAAGGCCUGGAUGAGGCCGGCGUCCAACAACGCGACGUGAUUCGGCGCUGCAUCGACGCCGGGCUGGAGGUGACUGUCAUGACGAGCACGCUGCACUCUCGCAAGUACAUGUGCUUGCUAUUGAAGCCAACAUUUGAGAGGAUGAAGAUCGAGAAAAAUCGUCUCGUGGUCGAGCGGUGGCUCCAGAUUGGAGCGGUUGGGGAAGUCCCGAGUGAAAUCGAACAACUCAUUUACAAAAGCGAUCUGGGGUCGUCCCCACUGUCGCCUCGACGGGCGGCACCGCACAAUGGUGGAGGCAAUUGUGUCGCGCCCGAAGACGACGAGCCGCAAGGCGAAGAAGAGGAAGAAGACCGCAAGUUCACGCCCGCGGAACGCAUCCAAACCAUCGGACGCAUUAUCUCGUCCACGGCAGACACGGCGCAGCUCAACCCCCCCGGCGCCGGCAUUUCCAUCGAGGACCCCAAUCUACGGGACCCGAUCAUCGCUGCGUGCUUUCCGCUGCACAAUCGGAAGGUGAACAAGAUGCUCUUGCGCAAGAAGCAGCAGUGGUGGCGGAAUGCCGACGACAUCACCGAUGCCAUUCGCUUCCACUACGGCGAGCACGUGGCAUUUCACUUUGCAUUCCUGUUGCUGUACACGCAAUGGCUUGUCGUUCCGGCCGUGGUUGGCACGAUCUUGUACUUGUCGUUUCGGUGGUAUACGGCCAUCUACUACAUGACAGGGCUGAGCGUUUUUGGCUAUGCCAUCGUCACUGUGUGGGGCACCGCAUUCCUCAAGGCCUGGCAGCGCAAGAACGAGUACCUGAACGACGUGUGGAAUGUCCGCCUGUUUAAAGAAGCAGACUAUCCAAACCCGCGCUUCCGCCCCCACGGGUUCCUCGACAUCCGCGACAACUCGGGGGUGGUCCUCUUUCGCGAGCCGUAUUACAACUCGCUCUACCGCAUCCCCGCUUACAUCCAAACGCUCGUCGUAUUCCUCUUCUUUACUCUGACGUACGUCGUCGGGAUCAGUUUCUUUGUCCAGUGGUACACGGCUGCCAUGUGCGCCCCCGUGUGCAGCGAGUGCCCCGAUUGCACAGGGUUUCUCUCGUGCUUUGAUACGCUCGGGGCCACGGUCGGCACGUCGCGGUGGUUUUACAUCUUUGUCCAGGGCAUCUUCCUCGGCGCGACGCUCGACGUGUUUGUGUAUCUGUUGUCCGUGAAGCUCCUUCGGUUCUUUGUCAUCCGUGAAAACCACACGACGGAGGCGCAGGUGGACCGGACGAUGAUCAACCGCCUCUUCAUCAUCAAUUGGAUCUCGUUCUUCCUCUGGUUCAUGCUCAUAGCGUUCGUGAUUGUUCCGUUUGGAAAAGACGUCGAGGAGUGGAUCAAUACGCAAUUCCACUGGGCCACGAUCUACACAGUCAACUGGCACAGUGGUCGCAUCGACAUGAGCACAGCGCUGGUCACGCCCCUGCUCAUCACGCAGGCCCUGAACCUUCUCAUUGACACCGCGCUACCCCACGCGCUACGCAAGCAUCGACUGUAUGGCUUCCGCACAGUCCGCAAACUUCGCGCCCAUCCCGCGGAAACCAUGCUUGCGCUUUCGGAGAUCCAAAGCCAAUUCCAGCGCCGAACGUCCCUGCCAGACUUGUCUAUGCGCGCAGCCGCCGCCGCGACCACGGCGACCAGUUCGUUGAACUUUCAAGAAAAAAUUGAGCUCCAAAUGAUCACGCCCAUUCGCAUUCCGUACAUCGAGGCAGCCCUGGGCGUGACGAUUCCCACGACGGAAGGGUUCUACAACGAAGAGUUCAUGACGGCUGACUCAGUCGUGGAUGAAUCGCAGCUGGAGCUGUACGAGACCUUCCCGGACUAUUUGAAAAUGGUCAUCCAGUUUGGCUAUGUGGUCAUGUUUUCCGUCGUAUGGCCAUUCUGUGGGUUGGCGGCGGUGGUGAACAACGUGGUGCAUAUUCAAAAUUGCUUUCACAAGCUGUGCUUGACGAGACGCCGCCCCGUCCCUCGAAAAGCCAACAGCAUUGGCCAGUGGGAAAAAACCCUCUACACGACCCUAUUCCUUGCCGUUUUCGCCGUCGUGGGGCUCAUUUGCUUGAGCUCGGGGGAAGUCGAGUACUUUGUGGGCGACUGCUUGGUGCUUGACCGAUUCAACGGUUCCGAUUACAGCAUGACUCCCGAGCUGUCGUGCUUCGAUCUGUCGUCGCGCUUUCUGGUGGCGUUGGUGCUCGAGCACAUUGGGCUUUUCGUGAUCUAUCUUAUCAUGGACAACGUCGAAGGCACUCCAGAGUCACUCCGGUCUUCGUUCCAGAUGAAAAAGGAGCUCAUUCGAAGGGCCAUAUGUGGCCAGAGCGGAGCUGUCACCACCACGCCGAAUGGGACCCGUCGAUCCCCUUCCGCCGAUGCCGUGUAGCUGUUCACAAAGAGAUUCGUGUGUUUUGCAUGAAUGUAGCCUAAACUAAGAAUUCCAUCGUGCACAAUGACG